AUGAGCAACCACAUCCAAGCAGCAGGCGACGAAGCAAAGGAUGAUGCGGCGGCGCACUUCGUGUUCGUCCCGCUCAUGGCCCAGGGGCACAUCAUCCCCGCCGUCGACACCGCGCUGCUGCUGGCCACCCACGGCGCGCACUGCACCAUCGUAGCGACGCCGUCAACCGCGGCGCGGGUGCGGCCCACCAUCGACUCCGCCCGGCGGUCCGGCCUGGCGGUGAGCCUCGUGGACUUCCCGCUCGACUACGCCGCGGUCGGCUUGCCCGACGGGAUGCCAGGCGGGGCGGACAACAUGGACAACGUGCCCCCAGAGCACAUGCUGGCCUACUACUCCGCCAUCGCGCUCCUCAGCGGGCCGAUCAAGACCUACCUCCGUGUGCACGCGCCGCGGCCACCGACUUGCAUCGUGUCCGACUUCUGCCACCCGUGGACCAGGGAGCUCGCGUCCAGCCUCGGGGUGCCGCGUCUGAGCUUCUUUAGCAUGUGUGCAUUCUGCGUCCUGUGCCAGCACAACGUCGAGAGGUUCAACGCCUACGACGGCGUGCUCGACCCCAACGAGCCGGUCGUGGUGCCGGGGCUGGAGAAGAGGUUCGAGGUUACGAGGGCGCAGGCCCCCGGCUUCUUCCGGGGCUGGCCCGGCUGGGAGAAGUUCGCGGACGACGUGGAGCGCGCGCUGGUCGAGGCCGAUGGCGUCGUCAUGAACACCUUCGAGGAGAUGGAGCCCGACUACGUCGCCGGCUACGCGGCCGCCAGAGGGAUGAAGGUGUGGACCGUGGGACCGGUAUCUCUCUACCACCAGCACGCCGGCACGCUGGCUGCGAGAGGGGACACGGCGUCCAUCAGCGCCGACGACUGCGUCCGGUGGCUCGACGACAAGGAGCCCGGCUCCGUGGUGUACGUCAGCUUCGGCAGCAUCGUGCACGCGGACCCGAAGCAGGUUAUGGAGCUCGGCCUCGGGCUGGAAGCGUCGGGAUACCCGUUCGUGUGGGUGGUCAAGGGCGCCGAGCGCCACCAAGCGGCGGCGCUCGCGUUUCUACGCGAGCUCGAGGCGCGCAUCGCGGGGCGCGGCCUGCUGGUGUGGGGGUGGGCGCCGCAGGCGCUGAUCCUGUCACACCGCGCGGCAGGCGCGUUCGUGACACACUGCGGCUGGAACUCGACACUGGAGGCGGUGGCGGCGGGGCUGCCGGUGGUGACGUGGCCGCACUUCACGGACCAGUUCCUGAACGAGAAGAUGGCGGUGGAGGUGCUGGGGAUCGGCGUCAGCGUCGGGGUGAAGGAGCCGGUGGUGUUCCAGGUGGACCACAAGGACAUAGUUGUGAGGAGGGAGACAGUGGAGGCCGCGGUGAGGAGCGCCAUGGACGGUGGGGAGGAUGGCGAGGAGAGGCGGCGCCGGGCGCGCGAGCUCGCCGUGAAAGCGAGGGCGGCCAUGAGUGAGGGGGGUUCGUCCAAUGCCAACAUCCGUGAUCUGGUCAGGUGUUUCCAGGUGGGCGCGACACAAGAACAAGAUGCGGCCGAGUGA